AGUAACUUCUUCACUUUACCUAGGUAAGUACCUAUCACCCGGUGUAUUCCAUUCCUAUCCCCCCGCCUACCUACCUACGCACUGAAUCCGCCCUCUGUUUUUUUUUUUCUUUUUCAUUUUCUUUGCGUCUCGGCAUGCUCCUAACUGCGCAUCCAAUUCUCCUUCCGACCAGCUAAUCCCGCCAAUUCACAGUGGUCUUCCGUCAAAAUGUCGACCGACAAGCCCCUCCCCUUCGUCUACCAGUUCGCCGCAGGCGCCAUUGCCGGCGUCUCGGAGAUCCUGGUCAUGUACCCUUUGGACGUCGUCAAGACGCGAGUGCAACUUCAAACCGGAAAGGGUGUUGGUGCCGACCACUACAAUGGCAUGGUUGACUGCUUCCGCAAGAUCGUCCGCAACGAGGGCUUCGCGACCCUAUACCGCGGAAUCACAGCCCCUAUCCUCAUGGAGGCUCCCAAGCGUGCGACCAAGUUCGCCGCCAAUGACGAGUGGGGCAAGAUCUACCGCAACAUGUUCGGUGUCGCCAAGAUGAACCAGUCCCUUUCUAUCUUGACCGGUGCUAGCGCUGGUGCCACCGAGACCUUCGUCGUCGUCCCCUUCGAGCUUGUCAAGAUCCGUUUACAGGACAAGGCUUCCGCCAGCAAGUACAAUGGCAUGCUCGACGUCGUCCGCAAGACCAUCCAGACAGAGGGCAUCCUGGCCAUGUAUAACGGCCUCGAGAGCACCAUGUGGCGCCAUGUCCUGUGGAACGCCGGCUACUUUGGCUGCAUCUUCCAGGUCCGCGAGCUGCUCCCCAAGGCCGAGAACAAGACCUCCCAGAUCACUAACGACCUGAUUUCCGGAGCCGUUGGUGGCACCUUCGGAACCGUCCUGAACACCCCCAUGGACGUCGUCAAGUCCCGCAUCCAGAACAGUCCCAAGCUUCCCGGCUCGACACCCAAGUACAACUGGGCUUGGCCCGCCGUUGCCACCGUUGCCAAGGAGGAGGGUUUUGCCGCCCUGUACAAGGGUUUCCUGCCCAAGGUUCUGCGUCUGGGUCCUGGAGGCGGUAUCCUGCUCGUCGUCUUCACCGGCGUCAUGGACUUCUUCCGUACCCUCAAGAGCAAUGCGUAAACUCAACUUCACAAAAAGAGAUUGACCCAAAGGAAGGAUGGAAAGGGACAGAACUGGAUUUUACAUCUUAUAGAGGUAGAUACCAACACCGGGGUUUUGGAUUCUGGCGCUUAGCAAUAAUAUCAUAUUUUCGAUGCCUGG